CUUGUUUCGCCAUCGAAACAUCUCUCAACCCCAUCCAUCGCAUCAAUCUCGUCGUCCACGUGUAUAGCUAGUCAAAUCACGAACAGGUUCGUUCGAUUUCCAUACGAUAUUAGCGGCGCGGUCGAAACAACACCCAGCAGCCAAUAGGAGUGCAGAUUUUAACAGUGCCACACAACGACUCCACUCUUUGUGUCUUCCCAUCCAUUUCAUUCCCAUCUACACAUCCACCCUCUUUUCGGUCCAUCCAUCUUUUCAUCCAGCCCCUUUCGCCAGCAACGGGUGUGGAGAGCAGAUUCACAAGGCAGCAAAUCUCGACCGGUCGAUUUCGCGGAAAGGAAGCAGAUUGAUCCCUUCUGUUGUUGACCUGUUUGGUCCCGUCGACAUCCACCCACACAUUACAUGGAGGUACCCCCUCCAACCUAUCAAGGACAGUCCUGGCAACAACAAGCUCAAGUAUACCCUCAACAGCAGCAGUAUCGCAACCACAGUGGAGUAGAAGCUCAAAACCAGGGAUUCGGGAACGAUAUGAGCGCGUCGAGUGUCGUUGUACCGGCGCCGGCACCUGUGCCAAUGUAUAUGCAAGGGCGGUACUCUAGUCACUGGGCGCAUGGUCGCGUAGCCCAGCCUUUUAACAUGCCUGGUUCUCCGCAGGCAAGCGCGCCGAUGGUUUCCCCGGUUAAAAAAGCCGGGCAGCUCGAUCGCGGGCAUUCUCGUUUUCAGCAGCUUCUCCAGCAAAAGAUUGCUGCUGAGCAGCAUUUGGGGUCUACAACUUCGGUGACUGCUUCAGCUUCCCAGACGCCUCUCCAGCUGUCAGCCUCGUUUGCCCAGAUGGAUGCUGUCGAUACUGUUUUCCACAGAGAGUUUGCCAGCAGGCAUUGCGUCGGAUCUGACGGACAGGCGAUGGCUACCGUGGUGAAGCAGGAGCCAGACCUACCUUACACUUCCCAGCCGCCUCAACAAUCGAAUCCAUACCCUUACGACGGUGCUAUCGGUGUGCAGGCGUCUAUUCCAGUUGGAAUUCCAGGGAUGUACGGCGGUCCUCAGUUUGCCCGUUCAUCUCAGCCACCUUCCCAGCGCAAUCUCUUCAUUGGUAAUUACAUCAACCCUCCUCCACCUUCCAAGUCCUCUAGAGGGUCCAUGCACCGCCUGCAGCAGUCAGCCGAAACUCAUGCAGAAUGGUCAUCAUCAAUCCACGUCAAGGUUGAAGACUCGUCUUAUGAACAGGCGCAGGAGCCCGUUUUACCCGCCCCGAUGACACAGCAAUCUGUCCAGAUGCCGGCUCAAGGCGUUUACUAUUCUACAGGGGGCGAAGUACCUACGCUCAAUGGCUUGACCGGGGAUGGAGAAGGAUGGGCGAAUGGUGAUGGUGGUGCGGGUGAUAUUGGAGGAAAUGGUAGUGGCGGUGGUGGUGAUGGUGGAAUGGGCCAAGAUGGGAGUGGAAGUGGGAGUGGGGGUAGUGGAAAUGGGGAUGACGGGGAUAACAAGGGCAGGGGUAACGGUACAGGAGGUAAAGGAAAGAAGCUUGCGUUGGCCUGUCAUUUCUGCCGACGUCGAAAGCUCAAGUGUGACGGCCGAAAACCACUCUGUGAAACAUGUGCCAAACGCGGUGAAGUCUGCACUUGGGAUGAAGCCGUCCGCCGGCGUGGACCAGGAAAAGCCACCAAAGAGCGCCGCGAGAAGGCUGCCCGAGAAGCAUUGGCUGCAGGUUUAACCAACGCCAACUCAAUCGGUGCUCGAUCAUCAAGCUCUGGUGCUGGACCCAGCUCACUCUCAAUCCCAUUGGGCGAUCCGUCGCAAGGCGUAGGAGCUUCAACAGGUGUGGACAUCCCGCAAGCGUUAGACCCUCAUUUGGGCCUUGAAGAAGGGCAUCAUGCGCACCACCACCAUCGUCAUCCAGGCCAAGAACAUGAUUCUCAUGAUCACAUUGAACAUCAUGAUCUCAACCAACAAGGCGAACAUCACCCCCACCAUGCCCAGGGACACGAGCAUGAUACCUUGCAACACCAGCUUGAUCUUGAUAUCGAUCCGACUUUGAUAGCCCUGAGUGCUGUCAUGCCGGAGACCCUUGCUGAGCUCGAAAAGGUCCGAGAGGACCACGAACGCGCGCAGGCUCAAUCCCACGUCGGUGCUCACGAGCAUGGACAUGAACACCACACCCAUGGAGGGCAAGGGAAUGGGCAUGACGACCUGAAUGGAGAUGAACAGCAGGAACGCGAUACGCGAGCGGCGCUCGCGCACCUUCAAGCACAUAGCGAGUUUCCAUCGCAUGGCACCGAGCUCGUCCACGACGAAUCUGAGAAUCAUCAACUUGCUGUUAUCGAGCAUGCCCAUGCCAUACAACCACUAGCUGAGCCUGUCCAUCAAUCAACAGAUGAGAUCGCACCAGAGGGAGAAGAUGUGGAUGAGUUCCAUGGUAUCUCAGAUAUACCAAGAGCAGGUAUCUUGGCCGGUGAGAUCUCGUCAACAGCUGUACUUGAAGAAGGGUCAACUGAAGAAGGGUUCGUGGCUGGCCAGAAGCGGAGUGCGGAGGUGGAUGUGCAAGGAGAGAAUGAAAAUGUAAAGAGGUUCAAAGUGGAAGAUGGGAAUGAACUAAUGGGCAUCAGCGAGGACGCUGGGUCUUUGGAACAGAUUGGAGGAGAGAAACAAGGGCACUGAAGCAAAAACGGAAACCAAAACAAAAAAGUCUAGAGAAACUGAUAAAGGGGCGAAUGUGGGAUGAACACUUGAGACGGUCCAUGUAUUUGUGGGGCGUAAUUAAGAGGCCGAUGACUGGUAAUACAGCACAGGAGAAUAGACUGAGGGAUCAAGUAAUCGUUUCUGGGCUCAGAUUUUGUAUUAGAUAUACUUAUUUCAGAUGGGAAAAUGAAUCUUUGCGAUAAUUGGCUCGACUGUUCGUCUUUUUAUCUUGCUCCAAAACUGCUAUCGUGGUAAUUCUCAUCACUUGACGACAUCCUCGUUCCCU